AAAUCGGCAUCAGUUGGAUUAACUACUCUUUAUAGAUAACAAAAAGCUUCGCACUCAAGAUGAAAACAUUUGCAGUUAUUUUAACAGUUUUCGCUGUUGCAGUUGCAGCUGACAAGGCCAGCUCAAAGGAUAUGGGUAUGGUAGCCUCAUCUUACGGUGGUGGCAGCAGCUCAUCUGGUGGUGGUUAUGGUGGCGGCAGCAGCUCAUCUGGUGGCGGUUAUGGUGGCGGCAGCAGCUCAUCUGGUGGCGGUUAUGGUGGUAGCAGCGGCUCAUCUAGCAGUGGUGGUUAUGGUGGUAGCAGCGGCUCAUCUAGCAGCGGUGGUUAUGGUGGUAGCAGCGGCUCAUCUAGCAGUGGUGGUUAUGGUGGUGGUUCGUCAUAUUCUGCUCCAGCUCCUCAACAAUCAUCCUCAUAUGGAGGUUCUGCUCCAGCAUCAGCUCCAUCAUACUCUGCACCAGCACAAUCAUCUUCCUAUUCUGCACCAUCAGCACCUGCCUCCCGACCAGUAUCUAUUCCUGCUCCACCUUGCCCCAAAAACUACAUUAUAAGUUGUCAACCUGCUUUGCAACCCGUUGGAUGCAGCUCAUCAGGCGGUGGUGGCUAUGGCUCAGCCGGUGCUUACUCCCAAUACAUCCCGACAUACGCUUUACCGCCAGCAGCAUUUCAUUAUUAGAAAACAAUGAAUCUAAACUGGUAACCACAAAAAUAAA